CUUGUGAAUCAUGAUUCACGAGUCAGUAAAGUGAUUCUCGAGUAUUGAACGAUUCGUUCACGAAUCGAACAUCACUAAUACUGGCCCAUUUGUCUUAAUUGCUUGUGUAAGGAGAAGCUACUGAAGAAAAAAAAAAAAAAAACAAAAAAAAAACCCCCCCAACAAAAACCCUCAUCUGUGCUUUUUACAGUGAUGUUCCACAUGUCUUGCUGAUUGACUGUGAGCAGUUUUGUGUAGCUUCCAUAGCAUGAUGUGUCACCUAGUAUUUUACUAAUUCACCCCCCGAGGUCUCUUGUGUUUUGCAGACACAGUUGCUAAUGUUCCAGAGAGGUACAGCUUUGCAGCUACAGUGCUGGUCCUACAGUGUAGCAGUUUUCAGUGCUCUUUUGUGAAAGCCUCCAUAGAAGACAGUUUGAGACCCCAGAGUUAAUCAGGAACAAACUGCAGAUGAGAAGCCUAAGAGUUGGGAGGAGAAGAUAGGAAAAACCCCAAAGAAAAAACCUUAAACACAAGAACUGCAGUGUCAGAUCUGCUGUAAUUCAUGUGUUUGAGUCACUAUACCUCAGCAUCUUUCCUCUCAUUGCUCUUCAGACUGCCAGAAUCUGAGAAAUUAUCAAGUUCUGAAUAACCCUACCAUCAAACAAAACUAUUACAUGCAGAUAUUCUCAAAUAGAAAUCACAUGUGCCUUCCACUGUGGCUCUCUCAACUGGAUUAUAAAAUGGUUUCCUGAGCUGAAUUGGAGUUGAAAAGAGGAAGUCAGACAGCACUGUAUGGGGUUGCACACCUUCUUGAAGUUGGAUUCCUUCCAGCCCAGUGGAAAGAGAAUACUGCCAAAACCUUACUUAAAUAAAAUUCCUAUCUGCAGUUAAAGUUCAAUUUGUGGACAUUCACUUUAUGGUUCUCAUCUAACAUUAAAAGAUCAUACUAGUAUGUGAAAUUUAACAGUUCUUAUAGGUCACUCUAGUCAAUAAAACACAUGCCCUUGGGAUGCGUGUCUCUAAAAUAUUCUUAGCAAACAAGUACCAUAGAUCUUUAGAGGAGAGCUACCGUUAACAGGUGUGACUGAGUCAGAGGUUGUGCAGGGUGGGCACUCGGAUGUAGGCAGUUAGGGGUAAGCAAGUCUCCUCACCACCGGCUUAAAUUAGUCUCUGGGAUCUAACACUACACAGACUAAAAGGCGCCUUAUUUUUAACAAAUCACAUUACUGCUCACAUCUGAUGUGCAAUAGGCUGUUGCACCAAAAAGUGAUUUCUGUUGUCUUUUUUUUUUUUUUUUUUUUUUUUUUUAAGUCUAAUAUCUUUACUUAUAUUAGUAAAUAGACUGUAGUGAAUAGGGUUUAUGAAGGGGUUCUAAAAGAAAUUACCCAUUUUUGAAUCAUCUUUACGACUCUGUAUUUGUACUCAGUCACUUCAAGUUUAGAUAACUGAUGUUACAAUUUCUGCUGCCCUCGUGGGUAGAGCCAUUUUGGAACUGAUUGCAGCAGCUACUUUGAUAGAAGAGCUCUUCUAGCUCUAAAUUACUUUAUAUUUUUUGUGACAGAUGUGAUUGACCAAUUUGUCAGAUUUUAGGUCAGUCAUUUAUAACAGUUUAAAGUCAACUUUUUGGCACAACAACAUCACUUACGGCUAUGACUGGACACAAGCACCCUGAUACAAUUGUGGUCAAAUCAGAUUUAAAAUUUAUAAGAGUGCCAUCUGUUGUCAGAAAGUGACAUUGCAGGUAACUGUCAGUAUGGGACAUUUAAGGUAGAGUAAAGGGACAAACCAAUUUUGCUCAUUAUACAGGAUGUCCUGCUAAAACAGAAGAGUUGACAACCUUAGAAACGGCCCAGCAUGCCUCUCUUGCACCACCAUUUCAGCAUGAAUAAACUGUCCAGAUUUCUAGAAAUGAGAGCUACUCCAUCCAAAGUAGGAUGGAUGCCAUCUUGCCUAACAAGACUAGGUUCCCCAGAAUGUUCCCCCAAUCUAUAAUGCCAUGUCUUUUUAGACACCACUCAGACUGCAAUUUGAGAACAUUCAACUAAACAUGUCACUCCUGGUCUGAUUUGGGAGGGGACCAAAAACAAAAACCACUAGCGAGUCCAACAUCGUUUGGCAAUGUCACACUUAGAUUCAAUAUUAAAUUUGGUGUAUUCCAAAUGACAUAACCAGGUGUCAUUAUGAAGACAAUGGCUACAGGUCACUAUAAAUUCAGGGUCAUCUGUUGUCUGCCUUUAUUUCAACAAACAGCACAAUGGCACCACAGAACACAUCAUCGGUCAAGCUCUGCAAGGCAACCAAAAGGAAGGCCAGUUCUGACCAGGCCCUCAGCAAAAAGACAAGGCUGUCAGCGUCUAUGACAAGCAGGGCAGUUGGCAAUGGGCCUUUGGACCUCAAGGAGAAUGAUCCAACUUCAUCAUCAGUGAACACUGGCAGAGCUGAAUUUGAAGCCAGAUACAUCCAGGAGCAUCAACUUGGUGAAGGAGGAUUUGGAUGCGUGUUUGCUGGCUAUCGUAAAGCAGACAAUUUACCGGUGGCCAUAAAACACAUUCCAAAAACCAAGAUUUUCUGGGAAAACAAGGCUGAGGAUGGGAAGAGUCUUUCAGUGGAGGUGGCUGUUAUGUUGGAACUCCAAGAUGGAAAAACUGGACAGCUGCUGAACUCGAUAUCCGUGUCCUUGCUGGAUUGGUACGAUCUCCAGGAGGAACAAAUUCUGGUGCUUGAGCGACCAAUCCAUGCACAGGACCUCUUUCAGUUCAUUGAGGUCAAAUGGAGGUUGUGUAAAGGAGGGCAUGGCCAAGGCCUCAGACAAGUUACCUGUAAUUCAUCUAUGCUGAAGAGGUGACUGAUUGUGGGAGGGGACCCGAGGGGACCCAACCCCCCCCCAAAAAAAGGAGGAGCCCCAGCAAGGUGGCCAUUAUUUUAGAGCCCUGGGAACAAAUUCUGUUGCUGAGGGGCCAAUCACUGUACAGGACCUCUUUCAGUAUAUUGAAGUUAUCAGAGUUUGCCUAAAGGAGGACCUGACAAAGGUAAGAUGCUCGUGAGUCUUUGAUCAUAUGUAUUAAACAGUCAAGAGACAGACCUGAGCAGAUCUUAUGGGAAGCACUGAACCAGCUCCUGAGUGGAGGAUAACAAGUCCAUUUCACUAUAGAUUCACUCCAAAGAUCAACCAGACUCUGCAGGAACCCAGCACCCAACCCUUCAUCUUCGAAGUUCAAGAACAAAGCACAGUUGGCAUAGCACAUGAAGGUUCAACUUUAAGGUUCUACUAUCAUUAUCAUCCGCUUGAUUACAAACCGUGUCAUCAGGGCACCACAACACCAUCGCUAUAGACAGAGCAGCCAGGGAAGCAGGGGAACAUAUCAAGGCCCUGAGUAAACUUGGUCAUCCCAGCUGGACAUUUGUCAAAUCUGGGAAGGCGCUUAAAGCACCAGGCAAUCCAGGAGAGAAGGACAACUGCUGCCCAAGCAAAAACCCCUAGUGAUCCCUAGUGUCAGGAGUAUCAGAACAGUUGAGACAUUUUUUUCUAAACACAAUGUCUUUGUGGCUUUUAAACUCCAAAACAAGCUACGCCAAAAAUUGGUCCACCCCAAGGAUCAGGUCCCCCGAUACAAACAGUAAUGUAGUGUACACUGUUAAGUGCCAAGAGGGUCACCAUGAUCGGCAAAACCAAACAACCUCUGGCAAAGCAGAUGGCACAAGACAGAAAAGCUAACUUGUCAGGCCAAGACUCCGCUGUCUAUUUAGACAGAGGCCACUGGACAAUUCUUUUGAUGAGGAUGUAUACAUCAUGGACAGAAGAAUGCUGGUUUGAGCAAGGAGUCAAUGAGGCCACUUAUGUGAAAAGGGAAAGACGAUCUCUGAAUCGAGGAGGGUGCCUAGGUACAUCUGUCAACAUCUUACAAUGCUGUGAUUGCAGCCAUUUAACUCUGAAUGGUACUCAUGGCCAUGAUCAAUGGUAUUUGAUCAAUGUCAUGACAAUUUGCAUGUUAAUGAUCAAGGAGCUGACCUCUCAGCCCAUUGUUCAUUUAGUGGGCUAGUUGUACAAAUGUACUGUUUAUAAGGUUGGGGGAAGCCUUCAGUCAGCUGAGACUAAAGUCACUUAGAUGAGUGACGAAACAUUUCUCUCACUGAGAACGCCGUGUCCAGAUGAACAGAAUCAACCUGUUGGGAGUCAUUUAAGUGAACUUGCAUUGAAUGCAAGCCUUUCCCUUCACUAAGCCCUGCCAGCUGAGUUGGAGGCUCUUGUUUGACUUCCAUAGGUUUCACACUAGCCUGUCACAAGUUGGGUUGUGUGAGAAAUUGCAGACAUGGACUACAGGGACCAAAUACAUUUUCAUACUUAAAAAACUCACCUUAGUGGGCAAGUCUUUGGAUCAGUGUUUUGAUUUGCAUGCAUGCUUAUAAUUUGAUUCUUUAGUUUUAAAACAUAAGCCUUGGGAUUAUUAAAAUAUUCUAAUAUAAGGAGUAUCUAUGUUUAAUUCUACAAUAGUGUAUAAAUUUGAAUGUAAUAAAAUGGCCAAUAUGUCAACCAAUUUAUGAAAUUUAUAUUUCUACCUUGCAAGUUUGUUUUUGUUUUAAAUAGGAGCUUUAAGAUUGAUGAACAAAUUCAUCAGGGUAACAAAA